GGUUCAGUCUUCGUUUUUCUCGUGCGUAGAAAAGACUCACCCCUCCCGCACAGCGUUCUCUCUCUCGCGGCUGAGAUCGAUUUUUCUUAGCAGCAGCAGCAGCAGCAGCAAGCAAAAGUGCAAAAGCGCAAAGAAAUAAAACGGGAAAAUAGCGACAAAAGCGAGUGGUCCCUAUUUUCCUUACCUCCCUCGUUAGUUUUUGGUGAAAGUGCAUUAGUUAAACGUUUUUUUUUUUUUCAACUAUCCCGGUUAAUUCCCGCACACACUCAUACUUCCACAUUUACACACACCCAUACUUGGUACGUUCGAUUUUUUUUUGCAACCGACGACGCGUCGAACGGAUUCUUCUAGACUAAAUAGAAGGAAGGAAAGGAACGUGCAAGUCUGUGGCCGUUUUUGUUUGUUUGUUUGUUUGAAAUCACUUUAACUUCACACACACUCCGUGUUCGUGCCGUUUUGCCCAUUUUAUCCCAAAUGGACCCGAGUAAGGUUUUGGGAUAAAUAUUACUUUACAACCAAAAAAAAAAGGCUCUCUCUACGACCGCCUCGCCGCCGUUCCCGUCAAACGGUGAAUUCGCGUCAUCAAGCGAGAAAGGAGAGAGUGAGAGCAAGAGGAAGCGCGCUAAAACAAAGCAAGUUGUACACCAGACAGAAUGGCGGAGUCGGAGGACUUAAGUAAUAGCAGUAGUAAUAGUAGUAGCAGGGAGGAUAUGCACUUUUUCGAAGGUGUGGAAAAGCUGCUGGAAAUCUGGUUCGAACCGUCGACAGCGUGCAAGAAUGCCGAUCUGCGAAAGAUCCCCAGACCGAUGUGGGAUGCACUGCUGAAAACCGUACGAUGCGAAAUCAUCAGCUUCACCAGAAACGACCAGAUCGAUGCUUAUGUGCUCAGCGAAAGCAGCAUGUUCGUGUCGAAGCGUCGCUGGAUACUGAAGACGUGCGGUACCACGACGCCGCUGCAGUGCUUUGAGCCACUGCUACGCCUGGCCGCCGAAAUUGCCGGCUACACCGAGAUAGAGGAUCUGUUCUACUCGCGCAAAAACUACAAGCGCCCGGAGCUGCAGGUGUCGCCGCACCGCGGCUUCGACGAGGAGGUCGCCUUUCUCGACUCGUUCUUUGACGACGGGCGCGCCUACAGCCUCGGUGCGAUCAAUCGCGACUGCUGGCAUCUGUACACGCUGAGCCGCGGGGGAGGGGGCUCCAAAAUUCUCAAACGCAACAACCAUCUCCAUCAGCUGAUGGAGCAGCACCAUUCGCAACAGCAGCAGCAAGAGGUCGAUGAUGUGCAGCAACUCGAUGCUCAGCUCAUUGAAGCAUCGAUGCAGCCCGAUCCGGAUCAGACGAUCGAGAUACUGAUGACGGAUCUGGACCCGAGCGUGAUGGCCAUCUUCACCAAGGAUGUCUGCACAACCGCCAAGGAGGCGACCCAGAAAUCGGGUAUUCAUCGUCUGCUGCCGGGCAUGGUCAUCGAUGAUUAUCUGUUCGAUCCGUGCGGUUAUUCCAUGAACGGCAUUUCCAAGAAUUGUGGAAAGAAGUACAAAGAGGGAUGUUACAUGACCAUCCACAUCACGCCGGAACGUGAGUUUUCGUACGUCAGCUUCGAGAGCAAUGUCGCGUCGUCGGAUUACGGCGAGCUGAUCAAGCGCGUCACCCGCACGUUCCAGCCGGGCAAAUUCAUCGUGACCGUGUUUGCAAACAAGACAUCAAUUGCUGCGAACGCCAACCGGGAGAUCGAGCAUUUGGGCACGAUCGAUCAGUGGAAGCGUCGCGACAUUCAGUACUCGCGCUUCGCCAGCUACGACCUUACGUACGCCCAAUACUGCAAAUACCCUAGCUGAGGUUUACCGUGCCUAGCUCCACCGGCAGGGGCUAACCUUCCCUCUCCCCUUUCCCUUCCCGUACUUCGCCCGCCGUCGUCUGAUGCGUUCUCUGACGAUGGCGGUGCACCAGCAACCGGUUGUCCCACCAUUUCCCUUCCCACUUCCGAAACAACCGCCACCGCCCCGAUGCGUCCCGAGCAGAAGCGUGCGCCGCUGAAACCUAUCGCUUCCCCCAUC